CUCCAACGACAAAUCGACAUCUUUCCAUUACUGCAAGAAGAAUCCUACCUCCGCGCUUAUCCCGAAGAAAGGAAAUCUCGUGCCUUUCUCGAAUUCUGUCGCGAAGGUGAUCACAAAGCCAUAGCAGAAUUGCUCAAAACCUGCCAUCCCGAUUCCGGAGACUACGACGAAGAGGAUCCUAAAUCUGCGAAUGAGAUUCUGAGAUAUCAGGAUCCGAUUGGCGAUAUGCAAUCUGGACUUCACGCUGCAGCAGCGAAUGGGCAUAGAGAGGUGGCAUGGUUGAUUUUGCUGCUUGCGAGUGAAUUGCCCGAGCUUCAUUUUCCGGCUCUUGUUUUUCAGGAGGCUGCUGCUUUGGGCUUGAUGCGUGCUGAGCAAGAUGGAAAGGUGGAUAUAAGGAGUCUGAGGGAUGCACAGGGGAGGACGGCGGAAGACGUUGCGGAGGAAGCGGGUGUGGUUUGGAAUGGCUGGAUUGGCAAUGGAAGGUUGGCCUUG